AUGUCGAGCAAGAAUAACUACUUUAUUGCAUCCUUCUCGCCGGUGAAGGAUGUUUAUAAGUCCGUUUCAACCAACUCUAAUUAUUCUUCCUCGUCGUCACUGGUCUCGACGGCAAGCUCGGCCAGACCCCAGUCGCAGCAGUCCCAAUCGCAAACGCAAGCACAGCAGCAGCAGCAACAACAGCAGCAGAAUAGUAAGAGUGGGGGAGAUCUAUCUUCCGGAGUACCUGUUCAGCGGUCAGCCUCCUUCAAUGCGACUUGCACGGUUCCGCUGAGUGUCAGCAAGACUACGCAAGUGAAAAAUUCCGCUUCAUUCAGCAGCUGUUCGCUGUUGACGAAAGUGGCGAAGAAAUCGGGCCUCACUGGAUCACUGACGGCCCACUCGCUACUCAAGUUCUCCUCUUCCAGUUCGGCGAAUAGCUUGCUUCAGCUGAAGCAACAGCAUCAAGCGAACGGGAUCUCGAUUUCCAGCAAUAUCACCGAGGCUCUGGCUAUGGCUGGACAGAACUCAAAUCCUUCGCUGUCGAAUUCCUCCUCCGGAUAUCUGAGGCAUUCCCCCUCGGCUUCGUCGUCGACAUCGUUGGCCUCGUCAACGACUUCGACGGUCACGGCGGCCGCGGCCGUUACCAAUCCUCCCAGUUCCUCCGCCACUAUCAGUGCUGCCCUUUCGCUGUCUCAGUUCAGCAAAAACAGCAUGGUUGACUAUUAUGUUUAA